AUGGGCACCAAAAUCAUCGCAGUCCGUGUUGGAGCAGAGCCCAAACACACAGACUUCAGCGUUCAUGAGAGCCUGAUCCGUCUCUCAUCACCGUUCUUCGAAGCCGCUCUCAGCCGCGAAUGGAAGGAGUCCCAGGAGAGAAUCGUAAAGCUACCCGAGGGCAACGCGCAUGCAUUUCGCAUCUACGUACACUGGUUGUAUACCUCCCAGCUGUGCUCCAAGCUUCAGUUCAACCACGUCUCGCUCAACGAUGGUCAGUGGGAAUGGGCCAAUCUGGUCAAGGGAUAUUUGCUUGGCGACUACCUACAAGAUAUUGACUUUAAAGAUUCUGUCAUGGACGCGAUGAUUGACUGGGGCAACGAAGCUGCGCGCGAGUGCAGCGACGCGCCACCUCACUCAUCCAUCGAGGUCUAUCAGCAGACUGGAAAGACGUCUCCGCUCCGCAGGAUUGUGCUUGACUUCACUACGUGGCGCAUCAUCAACAACUUCCCAGUCUCUAUGAACGACUAUCAGUUCCCAUCCGACUUCCUCACCGCAGUGGUAACGUGUCUGACUGAGCGCAUUCGAUCAGGCAAGGUUGUCCGUCCGGGCUUCGUGGAUAAGAAGUACUGUCACUAUCACUGCCAUGGAGAUCGUACUUGCUACAAAGACAAGGAUAAGGCAUCUCUCCAGGAGGCUUGCAACGAGGUCCUCGACCCACUUCGCAUGAUUCUCUGA